GGGCGGUGGUGGGAAAUCGUAAAUUCCAUGGAAUAAGAAGGGUAUAAUCGUCAUUUCAAGUCAGGUCAACCGACGAUACUGAUACGAACGAAACUUCGGCCCAAAUUGAGUUUAUGGGCCCAAUAUCAUAUUUACAAUUCGUUUUCCCCAGUUUUUACUUUUUUGUAUCCUCCUCUUCAUUCAUGCUGGGUUCUCGCGAUAAACCUAUCGGCGGAUUGCUGGAAUACUAAGCUGAAUCUUUCAGAUUUCCUAGAUUUUCAGUAUACGCUAUGGGAAAUACUUCUGGUGACGUCAAGAUACUCAGCUAUGAAGAUGUUGUCCUCAGGAGAUCAGAUUUGGACAUCCUAAACGGACCCAAUUUUCUAAACGAUCGUGUUAUCGAGUUCUACCUAAGCUUCUUAUCCACAGUUCACAGUUCCCCUACCAUCUCACUAAUCCCUCCCUCCAUUGCUUUCUGGAUCUCAAACUGCCCCGACACUGAACACCUCAAAGAUUUCGUGAAACCCCUUAAUUUGCGCGACAAAGACCUCCUGAUAUUCCCUGUAAACGACAAUACAAAUGUCGAGGUAGCAGAAGGCGGAUUACAUUGGAGCUUACUUGUGUACUACAAAGAGGCCAACACGUUUGUCCAUCACGAUAGCUUCAUGGGAGUGAAUAAAUGGAGCGCAAAAGAUCUCUACAAGGCGGUUUCGCCGUUUGUAUCUAAUGGAGAUGCAUCAUACAAGGAAUGCACUGAUACACCGCAGCAAAAGAACGGGUACGACUGCGGUGUUUUCCUUCUUGCUAUCGCUCGGGUUAUAUGCGAAUGGUUCAGCGCUGGAGGAAUGAAGAAUCGGGAUGAGCUGUGGUUUACUAAUGUGAAGGAGACUGUACCUGAUUUGGUUAAUCAUCUGAGAGAAGAGAUAUUGGGGCUGAUCAAGAGGUUGAUGUCUGAGGGUGCGAGUAAAUGAGAAAUGGUUAUUGAAUGUGGUUAGAUAUUCCGGUUGGAUUAUUUUAACUGUUGACCGGAAAUAAAACAUUUGAUAUUUUCACCGGUUAUUGAAAUCAGCGGUUCUGCUCUAUUUUA